AAUUGUAAUGAUAAAUCAACGUUUAUUAGAUAAGCCAGUUGAAGUGCAAGGAAACUUGCGCUACAUAAUUAUUAUUUUCCUAAUGAAUUAUUCGGGUUUUCUCUGUGUUAUUAAUAUUAUUAUUAUUAUUACACGCUUUCGUGAUGUCAUCUGUUUGUCAGAAUGCUAAUUAAGUCUUCUGAGAGAUGUAUGACUGUUCGCGAUGAUUUUCUUAUCACGAUGCUGUCAUCGCGUUCGGUUGAUAGCAGCUCGCAGCACCGUCAUCGCGCCUCUAUGCUGAACAAUGCCAGAGUAAAGCGACAAUGAGAUGAGGCGCUGUCAAUACGCCAGUGAAUAUAUUGCUAUAGCGCUAUGAUAUAUAAAAUAGCCGCCACCGUCGAAUCUGCACGUCUCCUCACGAGCCAUUAAAAUCACGUUAUUGCGCAAGAGUAAAUUGAGCUCUCGAUAUAAUCGUUUUGUGUCUUCCUCAAUUUCAAUAAGAUUAUUUAUUUUCGGAUCGAAAUAAAAUAAAAGGAUUCCCAAUUUAAUUCGCCAGCUUAAUAAUCCGUUUCUUCGAAAUUUCGAGAAAAUCACCGAGUCAUCCGAGUUUCAAGAUUAAAGAUGAUUUCAAGAUUGCAUCUUUCGCUGCUGCUUUUAAUCUCAGAAUUACUUCGAGAAUUCCGAGCAAUUCGAGCUAAACAAAAAGAAAAACUUGUUCCUUUUAUCUUUACGUAUAAUCGCGUCCCUCUGAUCCGCGAUUCAAAGUCAUGACUCAAGAUCCAAACGAUCGAAUCGAUGAAGCAUCGAAUUGCUCCGCGAAACGGGCUGAAGCUGUCCGCGCUCGACUCGGCACGUUCCUGGUGCGGCUGCGCCGUGCAGUUUGGCCAUUCGCGUUCCCCGCGUUGGCAGCAGUGCGCUGCCGAGUCAGUGCUCAGUGCGUCGCGCGGCGAACAACAACGUUGGUUUUGGCGAACGGCCGUCGUCGCAGUCGCAUUAGUUUCGCAUCGUCGGGGUACGUGGAGAACGGUUUGCGUGAAGUGCCAACCAGCCGCACGCAACGCCGUCGUGCCGUCGCGUGCAGUGCAUCGUUCGUCCGUCCAUCUGUUCGUUCGCUCGCUCGUUCGUUCGCUCGUUCGUUCGCUCGCUCGUUCGUUCGUUCGUUCGUUCGUUCGUUCGCCGUGAUCGACGCUGCGAUGCAUCGCGCGCAUCACGUUCGCGACGGAGCCGCAAUCGACGCGCGUUGUUGGGCGUAGCCGGCGCGAAGUAGCGAGAAACGAGCGUUCGGCAAGAGUAAGUUCGGCGCGUAUGAAUCGCCGUACCGCCGUGUGUCACUCGCGUACUCGUACGGGCUCGUGUUGAUCCGGGUGCUCGCGUACUCGUCAUACACGUUGUGCACGACGGAGAGAGAAGAGGAAGGAGCGAGUGCGACGGAGAGAAGCGCGACGACACUGUUCUUCUGGCUGUUUCUCUCUCGCUCUCCGUCCCGGCCGCUUUCCAGCCCAGCCAGCAGCGGCAGCGGCAGCGGCGGCGGCGGCGGUGGCGAUAUCCCCGUUUGCGUUUCUUCGCAGCCGUAAAAUCCAAGGCGCUUCGGCAGUUCAAGAUCGGAACGGCACGCAGGCCCAGGCACGCGCUCGCACCGGGGGGCAUGUGUCGUCGUAGCUCGUAGCGGGUAUUCGAACGCGACGAGGUGAAGCUUCAGCAUGGCCAGCAGAUGACUGUUAGCCGAGCCGGUGCUCGUACUCGACUCUAAUAUGAGCGAAGUAGUGGCAGUGACGCCGACUGGUGGACCUACGCGCCAGGAAAGCGUGACACACAUCAAGAGGCACAAACUGGCCAACUGUAAUGUUCCUCUCGUGCACGGCCGGCCGAACCCGUCGAUCAGUCCACGCAGCAGACUGACCACGCAUCAACGAAAUCACAGUUUGGACUUCAGAUCAAUGGGUAUCCUAUUACCGCCGGUGCCUCAGGCGACCGCGACAACGCUGACGCACCACCACAGGAACCGGAGCCUCGAUUCCGCCCUGCAACGUAUUCCGGAGGUGGACGUGACGCCGAGUCCGGAAUGCGAAAAUCCCGCACCUUCGUCGAUCUCUAAGACGGCGGCGGCGUCGUCAUCGUCAUCAUCGUCGUCGUCGUCUUCGUCAUCAUCAUCGUCGUCGUCAUCGUCAUCAUCAUCGUCAUCAGGACCUUGCGGGAAAGGAACGCGCACUGCUCGGGAGCGCGAGGAUCUGGCCAGUCUCGGUUCCGACGACUCCGGUAUCUUGUGUGGGUCCGACAGUGGCUCAAGCGACGCGACGAACGCACCCGCUACUCGGGAAUCCAGCGUGGAUCACCUGCACAGUCGCGAGAGCCUCGACUCAUCCGUGUCGCAGCCGGGUGACGUAUUCUCGGUUGACGUGGUGGAUGGUAUGGAGAACAGUGCCAGUGUGGUGUCGGUGUCGAUGUCGAUGUCGGUGCCGGUGUCGCCCGUGGAACUGUCCACGCGUCUCAGUGACGGUCCGGCGUCCCCCGCGUCGCCGAAAAACGAUGACGAGCCCGAUGAUCGUCGUCCUCGGCGCGACGAUGCGAUGAACGCUGGUGAACGUUGCUCGGAACCGCGAUCUAACGCGCGGGAACGCGAAGAACGCGAGAUCUAUCAAGGCGCGAUGCAGGCGACGUCGCCAUCACCGUCCGUAACGGAUACGAGCCAGAGCGAGCUGGCUGGCGCGGCCAUGACCCUUUGCUGCGGUACGGCCACCACGCAACAGCAAGAGGCCGAGACGGUGAAGAAGCAGCCGGAUGUUGUCCGUCGGCAGCAACAGGAAACGAAGCAACCGAAACCGUCGGAGGGUUGCCUGUUGCGGCUCUUCGAGAGUCAGAUAUUCGACAUGUCUAUGGCUAUCUCCUAUCUGUUCAAUUCCAAAGAACCUGGCGUUCAGAGUUAUCUAGGUAACAAGAUGUUCAGUUUUCCGGAUAACGACGUGGACUUUUACUUACCGCAGUUAGUUGUCAUGUACAUACAACUUCACGACGUAACCGAAGUUCUUUAUCCAUAUCUUGUCCAUAGAUGUAGACAGUCGGCAGAUUUCUCGCUAAAGUGUGCCUGGCUGCUAGACGCGUACAGCUCCGAUGCUCAUUUGCCGUCAAAGAAGAAGUCUCAUGGGACCAAACUGAAAAAUCUUAUCCUGUCAGAUGAACUCAGGCCAAAGGGAAAUGAGGGUCGAAAGCAGCGCGUCGCUGGAUUGCAGAUUCCUGCGCCAUCACCAUUGCCCUCGACGCAAAACCUUACGUCGCCGAAUAAGAAAACCCACCAAAGAUCUCAGUCUGAUGCUACUGGAUUGUUCCAAACCAUACGCCGUAGUCAUUCCGGUACAAUAAAUAAAGUAAGUCUUGGGGACCUGAGCUCCGGUCGAGCGUUUGACAACGGCUGUACCUGUUUUUAUUCCUGCCAAGGUGUGGUGAAUGAUUUGCGAGGUCAAAAAACCGAUUGUUUCUGCAAUGCACCGCGACUCGCGCCAGAACUCGAACUUAUUCAAGCGUUAAUAUCAAUCGGCAAAUUGCUCGGAACUAUCCCAACGAAGGAAAGUAAGACCGUUCAAUUAGUGGCGGAGCUCAACACGCUCAAUCUGAAUCUCCCCGCGAGGGUGUGGCUUCCUCUGCACAGUACAAUACCGCAUCACAUCGUACGGGUUCCGCCGCAGUACGCUGCCGUUCUUAACAGCAAGGACAAGGCACCGUACAUAAUAUACGUGGAGGUGUUGGAAGUGGAAGAUUUGUAUACGUCACCCGUGCCGACGAAAAUAAUGGGCAGCUCGUUGAGGCACACCAAGUCCGAGGAGAACUUGACAGGCGGCGAGCAAUCCGACAUAUCCGUUUCCGAUAGUCAGCAGAACUCGGCGGUACGGCAAACUCCCGUGAAAAACGUCUCGCCUUACUCGGUCAGGAAUACGGACGUGGCAUUUAAUUUCCCCGAUGACGAUCCGAACGACUGCUGGAGCCAGGAGGACGACGAGAUCACGCAACAGUAUUUGCAGCUUCGCAAGCCGAAGGAUCGGGAUACCAUUUCGCAGCUGAGUCAGGAAUCAUCCGACAGCAGGGAGCCGAUCUUCGUGCCGGGCGACAUCAAAAGAAGACUAAGCGAAAUGGCAGCUACGCCGAGCGCGACCUUCAGCCAUGAUCCCGAGGACCCAUCGGCGGCGGUCCUGAAGGAGCCGUGGGAGCAGAAGCAGCAACGCAUAAGAGCUUCCAGCCCGUACGGGCACUUGGCAUCUUGGAGGUUGCUCGCGGUAAUCGUGAAAUGCGGCGAUGAUCUCAGACAGGAGCUCCUCGCCUCGCAGCUGCUCUCGAUGUUGCAAAAGAUUUGGCAAGACGAACAGGUGCCCCUCUGGGUACGGCCGUACAAAAUACUGUGUCUAUCCAACGACAGUGGUCUGAUCGAGCCGAUCCUGAACACCGUCUCGCUCCACCAAGUGAAGAAGCAGUGCCAAUUAACGCUUUUCCAAUACUUCGAACGGGAGUUCGGCCCCUCUACCUCAGAGACGUUCCGCGUGGCGCAGAGGAAUUUCAUCCAGAGCUGCGCCGCGUACUGCCUGGUCAGCUAUCUCAUUCAGGUGAAGGACCGCCACAACGGCAACAUUCUGCUGCACAGUGACGGCCACCUGAUCCACAUAGACUUUGGAUUCAUUCUGUCGACGUCGCCGCGAAAUCUCGGCUUCGAGACCAGUCCGUUCAAGCUGACGCCGGAAUUCGUCGAGGUGAUGGGCGGCAAUCAGUCCAAGCUGUUCGAGGAAUUCAAGAGCCUCAUUCUUCAAGGUUUAAUCGCGGCGCGGAAGCACAUGGAGAAGAUAGUCAACCUCGUCGAGAUUAUGCUGUCAGGCUCUCAGCUUCCGUGCUUCCGCAGUGGUGGGGCGGCGACCGUUCAAGGUCUCAAGAAUAGAUUCCACCUCACGCUGACGGAGGAUCAGUUGCGUCGGCACGUCGAGGAUCUGGUCGAGGGGAGCAUUCACUCAUGGUCCACUAAGCUCUACGAUCGAUAUCAAUAUUUCGCAAACGGCACUCUUUAAUAUCAAGGCUAACGUACCUUUCUGCCGAUCGCGUUCUGGAUUCUCUCGUAACGCUGGAAGAAAGGACAUCAAUAACGAUAACGUGUGUUGUGUGGUACUUCUUCCACGAUUUCUACUGCAUACACUUAAUGACGGGGUUGACCAAUCGGUGGCACACGUGCCGGUCAGUGAGCGUACGUUCGAGUUGGCCUGCCACCAGUCAGGGAAUCUGAAUUCCGUACGAUAAGUUGCGAUUGUUAUUAUGCGGUAACACCGAAAAGAAGACUAGCUGAAUUAAUUUUAUGCAUUACCGUUUAUUUCAGUUCGUUUGUUUGUUUUUCAGCGAAUUUAUCCGCUUCGAUUGUGCUGUACUUUAAGAACGGCUUCUACUUAGAGUUUUUCGACGUUUCCAAAUCAAGACUAAUUUCUGUGAUUGCGAGCCGUUGCGCGGAGCGCUGUUAGUGCGAGGAGAAAAAAAAACAAGGCAGGAAAUUCUUUCUGGGCACGUGAGCCGAUUUCGAUUGAGCAUCGCUGUUUUCUCGCAUUCCACAAGCACAAACGGGAAGAGCCGCUUUCCUCUUGAACAUAUAGAUAACCUCGAUUAGGCUAGACGUAUAGAAUUCGGAUAGAUUAUUAUUCUUUGAGUUUAACGUUAUUCCUUGCUUUCGUGGCGGGCAAGAACGAUACGAAAUAUUUUUAGCAAAAUUCAGAGCGAUCUCGGUGCGUGAUCAAUUAAACAGCUUCGAUUAAUGUGAUGGAGUAUGAAUAUUUUGACUGAGAGUAAGAGAGAGAGAGAGAGUAUGGAUCGGUUGGUGGAGAGUGAUGAGCGCUUCGUUGAAAGUUAAAAAUAUUUAUCGUCGUUUGAGGAAUUAGGAAAUGAAGGAAGGAAUAAUCUAUGGGAAUUUUUCGUACCCAGUUGAUUACAUAUAUCCACUAUAUAUAACGUUUUUUAUUCGAUACAUUAAGACUGCUGUUGUUUACGUAUGCCUCGAUGACAAAUUACGAAUUAGCUGUCGCUGCGGAGUGUGCGGCGAGUGCGGUUGAGCGUUGACUUGAGCGCAUUCAACUGCUAAGUCGAGUGUAGCUUAACAUAAACAGCGUAAUUUGUUAAAGGUGCCUUAUUUGUGUAGAGAGAACGACGGAGACGAUCAAACCUAGACACAGUGUGAAGUGGCUAAUGCAAUCGCAGCGUGGAGCUGAUCGAUCAUGAAGCGGACAAUCUGUAAUUUGUACAUAUAACAAAGUAAGAAGAGAACGAAAACGACGGAGAAACGUUGCGUGGACUUUCAUAAGUAAUUCGCGGCAAUAAAAAAAGAAAAGGAAAAAAAAAGCAUGAGAAUUAUCCUACUUCGAUGAACGGUGGGACGAAAUCGAUGCGGAUCUCCAUUUCCCGGGGGAUCCCUGACGCAAUUCUGAUGGCGAGAGAGCUACGUACAAAAUAUAGGCUCGGAUAUUAACUCGGGAGGCGAAUACUCAAAAAUAUUUCCUACUUCGUAGAUUUUAGUAUACUCUUCGAUAAAAAAUACAUCUAAUUGUACACGGUAUGAAUUAAGGACUAAGCAUUAUACCAUAGCGAUUCUUAAGGAUCACAUUUGAAAGUUUUUACAUGUUCUUAUAUUACGUAAACAUUCAUCCCUCCUGCCCCGUCCCGUCUCCCGGUCCCUCCCUUCGCCCCCUUUAGCCGUGAAAAUGCGAGAGAAUAUCGUAGCUGUGUACGGAAGAUAAAUAUUAUUUAAUCGUGUAAUUCCUCUCUCGCGUAACGUUUUACGUAUGCCCGUUUAAGUAAAUUAUAUAUAUAUAAACUAUGAAGAUAUAUAUUGUACAUAAAAUGAGACAGAUUUUAUCACAUUAUUAUGCUACAUUGAUUAAGGAUCUAAUCGAGGAUGAAUGUUCGAAGCAAAAUCAAAGUUGCGCUGGAGCCAGCCCGGAGUACCGGAGAGACCUGGGCCCUCUGACUUCCAAGUGUCUUAUAUCUCUAUUUCUCUCUAUAUAUCUUUUCUUCUCCUACCAUACCAACCGUCUCAUGAUAGACAGGCAGACCAGGAAUCGGAUGCGAUUGCAGGGCAAUUGAGAGAGCGCGAAAUUUAAUCGGUCGCGAUACACGCGGACUUAUCGGUUGUCUCUUCCUUAUUUUUCGGUUUCGGCCGGUUCUCGUAAAACAAAUUGUAUAUUAUACGUGUGAUUAAUGUGAGGGAUUUUAACGUUCUCGUUGUUACUGUGUAAGAAUGAUUGCAGAGGUACGCGCGAAGGGGCCCGACGGCCCUCCUAUCCCCGGUCGACCCGGACUCACUUCCUGUUCUGUCGGCGACGUAAAACGUCAAGAUCUCUGAUUUGCCUUGAUCUUUCACCUCAUUACAAGCUAUUGAUAUCAACUAUUGAAUAAAUACGAAUGCGAUAAAA